AUGCCCGCGCUCCCAAGAUACCCGUCGUCUCAGAUGAAUUACCUCUCUGCCUGCGUUCUAGUGUUUCUGCCGCUAACUCUACUCGUCGUGACCCUCCCUCGAAGUCCAGAUUACUUCGAACGCUCCUACCCUGGCAGCUGGUUCACCUAUGGAGCUAUUUUCGACUCGCGCGUCGAAGCGUCCGACCUGCCGUCUUUAAUCUCCUCGCGCACGCGCACUCACGCGCCGGCUUUCAUAAGCGCGUACGCCGUCACGUCCCCUCGCCCGCUCGUCUUCUUCUCCAUCCUCUGGCAACCCAACUCCAAAUCCUUUGGCUGGGCGGUGCUGUUCAAUCUCGACGGUCCAAUGUUCCAAGAUGCUCUCCACCGUCAGAUCGCGUCGGGCUUUAAGCCUGUGCAGGUGGAGAGCUACUACGUGUCGGACGAGGGCAGGCCGUACUACCACGAGAUCUACUACACGGCCUUCUUCCUUGCUGACGUGGCGUGGCCAGCUGGCAGCGACACACUGGUGGAGACUGCAUUCGGCAUGCCACAUGACAAGAGCUACUGCUCCCCCUCAGCAUCUCUCACAGAGGACCCCAUUGCUCUCACGCCCCCUCAGCAUCUCCCCCACAGAGGACUCCAUUGCUCUCACCGUCUAUGUCCUUUGACUCGAGUCAACUCAGCUAUUCUCCCUCAGAUCCCCUCAUCUCUUCGCAUCUGCCCCACAUCCCCCACAGGGUUUCAGCCCCCUCAGCAUCUCCCUCACAGAGGACUCCAUUGCUCUCACCGUCUAUGUCCUUUGACUCGAGUCAACUCAGCUAUUCUCCCUCAGAUCCCCUCAUCUCUUCGCAUCUGCCCCACAUCCCCCACAGGCCCCCUCAGCAUCUCCCUCACAGAGGACCCCAUUGCUCUCACAGUCUAUGUGGCGGACGUGUGGAGCAACGCCCCCACCCCCGCUGGUUGGCAAGCCGGGGUGGCGAGGACGGAGGAGCAGUUGCAACAGGAACUGAUGCAGUUGCCGCCUCCCCUGGUUCCCACCUACCUCAAGGCGUACACUGUUGGGCUGAAGGUCUUCUAUGCGUACGUUGCCCGGCCCCCCACCUCCCCCACCGCCCCCCACCGCAUCCUCACAGCCGAUGUCAGCCGCAGCGGCUUUGAGCUGCUCGCUCUCUCCCUCAAGCACCCCCCUCUCCUUGUCGCUUCGUUCCUUCCCCCCAAGUUCGAGGGCCACGGGAAAAGUGCCAGGGAAAGGUACACUGUUACAGAUUAUUUCGAGCGUUCAUAUCCUGGCGGCUGGUUCACGUAUGGCGCUAUCCUCGACUCGCGCGUCGAGGCGUCCGACCUGCCGGCUUUAAUCUCCUCGCGAGAGUGCAACCACAUGCCGGCCUUCAUCACCGCAUACGCCGUCGCGUCCCCUCGCCCGCUCGUUUACUUCUCCAUCCUCUGGCAACCCAACUCCAAAUCUGUCGGCUGGGUGGUGGUGUUCAAUCUCGACGGUCAAAUGUUCCAAGAUUCUCUGCACCGUCGGAUCGCCUCGGGCUUUAAACCUGUACAGGUGGAGAGCUACUACGUGUCGGACGACGUGAGGCCGUACUACCACGAGCUCUACUACUCUGCCAUCUUCCUUGCUGACGUGGCGUGGCCAGCUGGCAGCUCCAUGUGGGUGGAGGCGGCUUUUGGCAUGCUACACGAUGCGAGCUACUGCUGUGGACCCACAUCCCGAUGGUGGCGGCUGCAGCGACAGGGUUUCAGCCCCCUCAGCGUAUCCCUAACAGAGGACCCGGCUGCUCUCACGGUCUAUGUGGCGGACGUGUGGAGCAGCCCUCCCUCGUCUGGCGGUUGGCUGGGCGCAGUUGCAAUGACAGAGGCAGAGCUACAGCAGGCGCUGGCACAGCUGCCGCCCCCCCUGGUUCCCACCUUCCUCAAGGCGUACACGGUUGGCAUGCAGGUCUUCUAUGCUUACGUGGCCCGCCCUCCCUCUGCCACCGUUCCCCACCGCACCCUCACUGCUGAUAUCAGCCGCAGCGGCUUUGAGCUGCUCGCUCGAUCGCUCAGGCAACCCCCCCUGUUUGUCACCUCGUUUGUGCCGCCCAAGUGUGGGGAGCAGGGAAAGGGCGAGAGGGAGAGGUACACUCUCAACUACUUCGAGCGCAAGUACCCAGGGGGAUGGCUGACUGCCGGACCGAUCCUCGACUCACGAGUCGAGUCCUCUGACCUGCCGGCUCUUCUCUCCUCGCGCACGCGCUCCCACGUGCCUGCCUUCGUCAGCGCGUACGCCGUCGCGUCCCCUCGCCCACUCGUCUUCUUCUCCAUCCUCUGGGAACCCAACUCCAAAUCGUUGGGGUGGGUGAUGGUGUUCAACCUCAACGGCCAGCAGUUUCAGGAUUCUCUGCACCAUUACAUCUCCUCGGGGUAUAAGCCCUCUCAGGUGGAGAGCUACUACGUGGCGGACCACCACGGGCUCUACUACGCCGCCAUCUUCCUUGCUGACGUGGCGUGGCCAGCUGGCAGCGGCACACGGGUGGAGGCCGUGUUUGGCGUCCCCCACGACUCCGCAUACUGCUGUGGUCCCUCCUCCCGAUGGUUACAGCUGCAGCGACAGGGCUACACCCCUUUGAGUGUAUCAUUCACAGAAGACCCCUCCUCCCAGCGAGUCUACGUAGCAGACGUGUGGAACGACGCUCCCAACAGAGGGGGCUGGCAGGGCGGGGUGGCCAGAACACAGGCGCAGCUGCAGCAGGCUCUCACUCAGCUGCUGCCCCCCCUGGUUCCCACCUUCCUCAAGGCUUACACUGUUGGGUAUCAGGUCUUCUAUGCGUACAUCGCCCGAGCUGCAUCCUCCUCUCCUCCCCGUUCCACCCUCACAACGGACGUCAGCCGCAGCGCCUUUGAACUUCUAGCUCGCUCCCUGAAACAGCCGCCUCUCCUUGUGUCCUCGUACGGGCCGAUGGAUGGGGGUGCUGGUGAGAGCGAUGCUCCUGGAUCGGGCGAGAAGUAUGCUGUGCUGUGGCAGACGGAUGGGGUGGGGGCAGAGGCAGAGGCAGGGGCAGGGGCAGGGACAGGAGAGAAUGUUAAGCUAGCUGACCAGUAG